AGCUCUUGACUUGCUUACUACUUGUUCUUGCAAGCAUCCUUCUCCUUCUUCUUCUUCCACUCCCAUCACUGAUAAGUAAAGAAAAAUCCCAAUUCCCAGUUCCCAAAAUCUCCUGAUUCCAACUCCAAAUCACAGCGACGAAACAGAACCUCCUCUGUCUCCUCAUCAACAACCUAAUUCCAAUGUCCUCGAAGAACCCGCCGCCCCCGGAAUCCGGCGCCGACAAGCCCAAUGGAGAUCUGGCGGCGGAGGAGGACCGGUGCCCGGUGGAGGAGGUGGCUCUGGUCGUGCCGGAGACCGACGACCCGUCUCUCCCGGUGAUGACUUUCCGGUCAUGGGUUCUGGGUCUGGCCUGCUGUUGCCUCCUCAUUUUCCUCAACACUUUCUUCACUUACCGCUCUCAGCCGCUCGCCAUCUCCGCCAUUCUUAUGCAGAUCGCCGUCCUCCCAAUUGGGCGCUUCAUGGCCUCCACUCUCCCAAAACGGGACUUCCAUUUGUUCCGAUGGAAGUUCAGUUUGAACCCCGGCCCUUUCAACAUGAAGGAGCAUGUAAUCAUCACCAUUUUUGCUAACUGCGGCAUCUCCUACGGCGGCGGCGACGCCUACUCCAUCGGCGCCAUUACUGUCAUGAAGGCUUAUUACAAACAGAGCAUUAGUUUCCUCUUGGCCCUUCUCAUCGUUUUGACUACCCAGGUUUUGGGCUAUGGAUGGGCGGGGAUGCUCAGAAGGUACUUGGUGGAUCCUGUUGAAAUGUGGUGGCCUGCAAAUCUGGCCCAGGUUUCUCUGUUUAGAGCUCUCCAUGAGCGAGAGAACAAAUCAAAAGGGAUGACGAGGAUGAAAUUCUUCCUAAUCGCCAUGGGAGCGAGCUUCAUCUACUACGCUUUUCCAGGUUACUUGUUCCAAAUCCUGUCGUUCUUCUCGUGGGUGUGUUGGGUUUGGCCUCACAGCAUCACGGCCCAGCAAAUCGGGUCGAGCCAAAGUGGGCUCGGGCUCGGUGCCUUCACCUUCGAUUGGGCUGGCAUCUCGGCUUACCAUGGAAGCCCACUCGUGUCCCCUUGGUUCUCGAUCCUCAAUGUGGGAGCUGGGUUUGUGAUGUUCAUUUAUAUAAUCGUCCCUGUUUGUUACUGGAAGUUCAACACCUUCGACGCUCGCAAAUUCCCCAUCUUCUCCAAUCAGCUCUUCACCAGAACCGGCCAGAAGUACGAUACCACCAAGAUUCUGACGCCGGAGUUUGAUCUGAAUGUUGCUGCUUAUGAUAGCUAUGGGAAGCUGUAUCUUAGCCCUCUUUUUGCCCUCUCCAUUGGAUCUGGUUUUGCUAGGUUUACUGCUACUCUCACCCAUGUCGCCCUCUUCCAUGGCCGGGAGAUAUGGAAGCAAAGCAGGGCAGCAAUCAAGAGUGCGAAACUGGACAUUCAUGCCAAGCUGAUGCAAAGCUACAAACAAGUGCCAGAAUGGUGGUUCCUGAUCUUAUUGUUUGGUAGCAUUGCGCUGUCACUUCUGAUGUCAUUCGUGUGGAAAGACGACGUGCAACUCCCGUGGUGGGGGAUGCUAUUUGCCUUUGCUAUGGCUUGGAUUGUUACCCUCCCAAUUGGGGUAAUUCAAGCAACAACCAACCAGCAACCUGGAUAUGAUAUUAUAGCACAGUUCAUUAUUGGUUAUAUUCUUCCUGGAAAGCCAAUUGCAAAUUUGCUCUUCAAGAUCUAUGGGAGGAUUAGUACAGUUCAUGCUCUGUCUUUCUUAUCUGAUCUUAAACUUGGCCAUUAUAUGAAAAUCCCACCAAGAUGCAUGUACACUGCCCAGUUAGUCGGGACUCUGGUUGCCGGGACGGUAAACCUAGCGGUCGCUUGGUGGAUGUUAGACAGUAUAGAGAACAUCUGUGAUGUUGAUGCUCUCCACCCUGAUAGCCCGUGGACCUGUCCAAAAUACCGAGUCACAUUUGAUGCUUCUGUCAUCUGGGGACUGAUCGGACCGAGGCGGUUGUUUGGACCAGGGGGGCUGUAUCGCAACUUGGUGUGGCUAUUCCUCAUCGGAGCUGUCCUCCCAGUCCCCAUUUGGGCGUUGAGCAAAGCGUUCCCUGAAAAGAAAUGGAUUCCGCUGAUAAACAUCCCCGUUAUAUCCUAUGGCUUUGCAGGGAUGCCACCAGCAACUCCUACAAACAUAGCGAGCUGGCUCAUCACUGGAACGAUUUUCAACUACUUCGUCUUCCGAUACCACAAGCGUUGGUGGCAGAAGUACAACUACGUCCUCUCGGCCGCACUCGAUGCUGGGACAGCUUUCAUGGGUGUGCUGCUCUUCUUUGCGCUGCAGAAUGAGGGCCAUAACCUGAGGUGGUGGGGGUCGCAACCAGAUCACUGCCCUCUGGCAAAGUGUCCAACCGCUCCCGGGAUCGUCGUUAAAGGAUGUCCAGUAUUCUGAUCUUGGAUAUGCAAGAAAAGGGUGGAGGCAACGACGAGGGCAAAACUGAUGUCGAAUGUGACGAUGUUACAGAGCUAAACAACUGAGUUAGUUCAGAUUCUUGGUUGGCUGUAAAUGCUAGUUAAUUGUAAUGAGAGGUUCAAGUGAUUUGGGUAAGCCCUUAUAUGAUGGCAUCAUGUUGAAUACAAGUUAUGCUACAGCUUUUUUACUUUGAGUAUGCAAGUGAAGUGGAGGGAGCAAAGCAGAAAAUAAGAAGCAAAAGUUUUUUCUUCUUUUUCCCUCCAA